AUGGAGGACAUGCCAGUUAACAACUAUCGCCGGCGGUACAACCAUGCAAACCGCUACGAGACGACCAUAAUCGGACUUUUAGAAGGCAUGAGAGCCCAAGAGCAGGACCGAGCCGAACGAGCUGAACAGGAGCGAGCUGAACAGCACGAGCAGGCUGAACAGCACGACCAGGCCGUCGCCAGAAACCCGGAAGGGACAACACGAGCAAUACGACUACUUCAACGGCCCCCCAGCGCACUAAAGCAGCACUUCCUCUCCAUUACGCACCUCAUCACGGCAUUCAUGUUCGUCCUCGCGCUCGACAGCUUCGGCACCACACUCUCCCCUGCCUACUUCAACUGGGUGCUCGCGAACUGCGCCUCGGCACUGCUGCCGUUCCUAAUCGUGUUUUUGCACGUGCAUGUGCUUGCGGUGGCGCUGCUGCUGGUUAUUCCUCGGCGCUUGAUGUUUACCGACUACAUCGAAGACGGAUCGAGGUGGAUCAUCAAGACAAAUACAACCGGCUGGGAGAUUGUUAUGGCACCUGAAAUGGCGUACAUCCCGCUCAUCUUCCGCGACAUCGAGCGCCGGGCCAAGAAGGCCGCGAUAAAGCUUCUAGACAUGUUGGCGCCCGUCGAAUGCGGGCAGCACCUAUGCUGCACACCAGAGAUUGUCGCAAGCUCUGAACAGUAA